CCGGAAGUGCGCGACGCCGAGGCGGAGGCUCAUCGCCGCCGUCGAGAGCAGCCAGGAGUGAGCGCCGCCGAAGCCGAAGCCAGAAGCCGCUAUCGAGAGGACCCGGAAGUGCGCGAAGCCGAGGCAGAGGCUCAUCGCCGCCGCCGAGAGCAGCCAGGAGUGAGCGCCGCCGAAGCAGAGGCUCAUCGCCGCCGCCGAGAGCAGCCAGGAGUGAGCACCGCCGAAGCGGAAGCCAAGCAAAAGGCAAGGAUCGCUAAGCCUGACGGUGCAACAAAAAUUUUCCAACGGCUGUUUAGAGACAACCCGUUUGGGAGCGUAUGUUCAGUCUGUGAUCGGCUCUGGUUCCAAAACGACUUGCAACCGCUACCGGACAGAUGUCACGAGACCCUAGAGCAAUCAUUUCCAAACUCGGACCUAACCCAAUUCAAACUGUGCUCGACCUGCAUACAAUCAGUGCACAAGGGUCAUAUUCCUCAUCUUUCCUCAAGUAACGGUUAUGUAUAUCCCCCGAAGCCAGCCCACCUCCCACAAUUGAACGCGGUGAGUGAGAGACUCAUAUCUCCACGAAUUCCUUUCAUGCAACUGCGACGGCUGAUGCACGGUGGAGGUAAACACGGCAUUAAGGGACCAGUAGUCAACGUCUGUGUUGAUGUCGACGACAUGGUGACAAUGUUGCCUCGUGCCAUGGAACAAGACCGAGCCCUCAAUGUACAUUUGAAGCGGCGUAUGCUUGCCAAGACGACGUACCUGGCAGGGGCAGUAAAAAAAUGUGAUCUGCUGCCGUGGCUUAAGCUGCUGUGUGAUAGCACGCUGUACAAGCAUUAUAAUAUAAAGUGCGAUUUCGCCCGUUUGGGGGAUAUCGUAGAAGUGGACGAACACGACGAGAUCGAGUUGCUCCCGCAAUGCUCAGACCUCAACGAUCCGAUCCAAGUGGCUACAGCCAUGACUCUGGCUCAACACACUCUCGUAUGGGACGAAGACAAGUUUCUAGCGAUUGCGCCAGGUGAGGGAAAAAGGCCCGUGAGCAUCCUUUACGACGAACACGCAGAGGAGCUCUCGUUCCCACAGAUCUAUCUCGGUGAGCCGCGCCGAGUAGAUGCCAGCGCAAAACCGACAGUCUUCACACACGCCAUGAGUGAGAUCCGCAGAUCAGACCGUCGAGGGGCCACCCCGCAGCACGUACUGUACAUGGCCAUGAAAGUGUUUAGGCACCGAGUAGCCGGUGACAUGUGUGUGGCCUUCCGUAACAUAAAGGCACUGGAAACACUAACGAAGCAACAGUUGCUCGACAAGGAUUUUGUGCAGCAAGCGGUCGAGCACGACAUGGCUUUCAUGCAUGGUAUACCCAACACCGUGCAGUACUGGACAAAACGCAAGAAAGACCUCUUUGCUAUGAUACGGCAGUUGGGUAAGCCGACCGCGUUCCUUACUCUUUCUGCCUCGGAAAUGCACUGGCCCGACCUUUUGCAGUUGCUUCAACGCCUUCGGUUGAAGCCCGGCGAGAUCGAAGUACCACUGGAGCAAAUGAACAGCAUUUAUCGAGCUCAGCUAGUAAAUGACGAUCCCGUGGUCUGUGCCAUAUAUUUCGACCGAUUGGUGCGUGUCAUUCUCAACAUUCUCCGCAACACCCGUGUAUCGCCGUUUAGGCCGUACAUAGUCGUCGACUACUUUAAGCGGAUCGAAUUUCAGCACCGCGGGUCGGCACACGCGCACAUUCUCCUUUGGCUUCAUAACGCGCCCGACGAGGAGCUCUCGAUGCUCAUGCCCCAGACUCUUGAAAUGGCCAAGGUUCUGCUUUCCAUCGACAACGGAUGCUUGAAGCGGGAGCGGACUCAGGUGCACCAACACACGCAUACCUGCUACAAGCACAACACCACCAGAUGCCGCUUUAACGCGCCUUUUAUGCCCAUCGAUGAAUGUAUGGUCGUAGUGCCUUUCCCCACUGUGGACAAUGAAGCGCAAAAGAAGAAAAUCGAGAGCCUCCUAAACAAGUACGAGGCCAUGCAUCAGGCCCUGGAAACGACAAAUUAUGACUCCAUGGAGCAGUUUUGGGAACAUCACGGUGUCGCGGACAAGGCGGAGUACAUUUCUGUUCUCCGAGCAGGCACUCCUCGUGCCACCAUCAUGCUACCCCGUACUGUGCAGCAAAAGUGGGUGAAUUACUUUAACCCAUGGGUUGCAUCAAUUCUCGAUUCUAACAUGGAUCUUCAGAUCGUCCUCGACACGUACGCGUGUGCUGCCUACGUGGUGGAAUAUGUCAACAAGGCCAACCGAGGUAUGUCGAACCUCAAUCGAGCAGUGCAAGAAAUUGUCAAGGAGAAGGGGGAUAUGGCCUAUUCUCAGGCACUGAGACAUCUAGGUGUGAAAAUGUUGAAUGCCAUUGAACUGUCCGCACAGGAGGCCGCAUGGUGUUUGCUCAACCAGGAUAUGUCGGAGGCGAGUCGCAAAGUUGUCUUCGUGAACUCUGCAUGGCCCGAGGAGAGGACGCGCAUUCGGAAGUCUAACGCUCAGAUGGCGCAGGAAGGCUUAAUAGAAUCAAGCACUGAUGUAUGGAAACGGACAAUGAUCGAGCGCUACGAAGACCGCAUUCCCGAAUUGGAACCUGUUACUCUAGCAGAGUUCGCUACCGAGUACAACAUAUAUACCUACAGAAAGAGGAAUCAGCGACGGAUACUUCGCUACCGCGGUUACUCCGUAGACGAUUCAGUCAACUUCAAGCGAGAACAUGUCCUGCUCUUCUAUUCAUUCCGCAAAGAAGUUGACAUCUUAGACCAAAACUGUUUCGAGCGUCUGUAUGAGCAAAACAUCGACGUCAUUCUACAGAACAAGGCACGGUACCACAGUGACGUAGACAUUGAGCAAAUUCGUGCCGUUUGUAAUUCCAUGCUCCAGUCAAAUGACGGGGAGCAUUGUGCCACUUCUGAGCUCCCAGAUGUGAGACUGCACCCGAUGGCCAUGGAAAACGACGACUCCGAUCUCCUAGACAUCGGUAUGGUCCAAUCCAAUGCCCCGUUUAAGCAGUGCCCUGCCGUGUGCACGCGCCAAGACGUCAUGAGCAGAGAUCAGUACCUCGACACAAUGCGGAAGACGAAUGAGGAGCAGUACGAGAUCGUCCGAGAAGUCGUGCAUAGACUCACUAUACCGGACUCUCCGCCACUACAAAUCUUCUUCACGGGAGUGGCUGGAUGUGGGAAGACAUUUGUACUGCGUCUCAUCAUGGACGUCUACAACAGAUAUUGCAACCCUGCUGGUUCAGAUAAUGUAAACGCCUAUGUUGCCUGUGCUACAACUGGAAAAAGCGGCGGUCGCGCUUGGUGGAAUAACUGUACAUGCAGCGUUCAGACUUACCAUCAAUAG